CUCACACGGCGGAAGUCGCUUACUCAUCAGACAGUUUCAAAGAUGGCACUUGCUAGUGUGUUGAACAGUGAUUGUGCGGAUUUUUCCUUUGACAAAUGUCAACCUUUUACCUAUGGAUGUGGACCAGAACAGAGCGGUGUGGGAUUUGAUGCCACGCCGGGAGACGCUCUCAGUUUCUUGGUCAAAAACCCGCUGGGUGCCGGGGACGAGGAUGGCGUCGAGAGGAAAAUAGAGUUCCUGCAUGGAACCACCACAUUAGCUUUUAAAUUCCAGCAUGGUGUCAUUGUUGCGGUGGACUCUAGGGCCACAGCGGGUUCCUACAUUGCCUCGCAGACGGUGAAGAAGGUGAUUGAGAUCAACCCCUACCUGCUGGGUACCAUGGCUGGAGGAGCUGCAGACUGCAGCUUCUGGGAACGCCUGCUGGCUCGUCAGUGCCGCAUCUAUGAGCUCCGCAACAAGGAGCGCAUCUCGGUGGCAGCGGCCUCCAAGCUGCUCGCUAACAUGGUGUACCAGUACAAAGGCAUGGGACUCAGCAUGGGAACCAUGGUGUGUGGCUGGGACAAGAGAGGCCCAGGGCUGUACUACGUCGACUCAGAGGGGAACCGGGUGUGCGGUGAUCUGUUCGCCGUGGGCUCGGGCUCCAUGUAUGCCUAUGGCGUGAUGGACAGUGGCCUGCGGCAGGACCUGUCCGUGGAGGAGGCCUGCGAGCUAGGUCGCCGCGCCAUCUACCAGGCCACAUACCGUGAUGCCUACAGCGGAGGGCAGGUCAACCUUUACCACGUCCACAGCGAGGGCUGGACCAGGGUCUCCCAGGAAGACGUGCUCAUGCUGCACCAGCAGUACAAGGAUCAGGCAUAGUUGUAGCAAGGAAGCGGAGAAACGAGUUAGGAGUUAAUUCUAGUAUCCAGUGUUUGAGAUGUUCUGAAAUGUCAGUAGGGUUGACACAUCAAUAAAAAGGACUCAGCUACUGAUUGGUUUACACUUGCUUCACAUCUGUGACCCAUUUUUGACUUGUUACUAGCUUAAAGCUUUAUAUUGUACAUUUUUAACAAUGGCAGUCAUCUCCACUCACCUUGCACCGUGUAUGAUUUUUGGGGGCUGCAGAGAGGGGUGGCAGUGACUCAAAACAUACGUUAAUACAGUGUGGGAGUAGUGUGAUGCUUGCCCUACAUACAUAUAAUUUGGAUCAUACCCUGGAAUCCAUGUGUCUCAAUAAAACCUGUGAUGUUCUUUUUUUUUUUCAA